AUGCAGACCAUCAACGCUUCCGCGGCUCGCGGCGUCGCUUUCAAGACUGCGGGCUCGCGCCGCGCGGUCGUGGUCCGUGCUGCCGCCACGACCACGCUCACGCGUACCAAUGUCCCGCUCGCGCUGGAGGAGGGCGAGAUGCCUCUCAACACCUUCAGCAACAAGAAGCCCUUCACGGGGACCAUCAGGUCGGUGAAGCGCAUCGUUGGCCCCAACGCCACCGGCGAGACCUGCGACAUUGUGAUCGAGACCAACGGUGACAUCCCCUACUGGGAGGGCCAGUCUUACGGCGUGAUCCCCCCGGGCACCAAGAUCAACAGCAAGGGCAAGGAGGUGCCCCACGGCGUGCGCCUGUACUCCAUUGCCGCGUCCCGCUACGGCGACACCUUUGACGGCAAGACCACCACCCUGUGCGUGCGCCGCGCCGUGUACGUCGACCCCGAGACCGGCAAGGAGGACCCCGCCAAGAAGGGCAUCUGCUCCAACUUCCUGUGCGACGCCGAGCCCGGCACUCAGAUCCAGAUGACCGGCCCUGCCGGCAAGGUCCUGCUGCUGCCCGAGAGCCCCAAGUCCGUGCUGAUCUGCGUGGCCACCGGCACCGGCAUCGCCCCCUUCCGCUCCUUCUGGCGCCGCUGCUUCUUCGAGAACGUCCCCGGCUGGAAGUUCGACGGCCUCUUCUGGCUCUUCAUGGGUGUCGCCAACAGCGACAGCCUGCUCUACGAGGACGAGAUCCAGGCCAUCAAGGCGACCUACCCGGACAACUUCCGCGUGGACUACGCUCUGUCGCGUGAGCAGAAGAACAAGAGCGGCGGCAAGAUGUACAUCCAGGACAAGGUGGAGGAGUACGCCGACAUCAUCUUCAAGCUCCUGGACGAGGGCGCCCACAUCUACUUCUGCGGCCUCAAGGGCAUGAUGCCCGGCAUCACCUCCAUGCUCGAGCGCGUGGCCAAGGCCAAGGGCCUCAACUUUGAGGAGUUCGCCGAGAAGCUCAAGCACAAGAACCAGUGGCACGUGGAGGUGUACUAA